AUGAAUGAAUCGGAAUCAUUGCCUACGCCGCCUGUGAGCGUGGGGACGGGAACCAAGAGAGAGGCUAGUCCGACGAGAAGUUCGACGGGUGAGUUGACUGAUGCUGGACCGGAUACGCCGUCAUAUGGGGGGGCUUCACCUCCGCCGAGUACAUCGACUCCCUCGGCAUUCGCGGCACUGAAUGGCUCUGCUCCGCCGCCGGCGAAGAAACAGAAGCUUACGUUCCAGGAGGCGGAGUUGAAGAGGAUUAAUAAGGAGAUUAAGGAUAGGGAGAGAGCUGAGGAGAAGGCGAAGAAGGAUGCUGAGCGGCAGGCGCUAGUGGAGGAGAAGGCGAGGAAGACGGCUGAGAGGGAAGCGGAGAAGAAGAGGAAGGAGGUUGAGAAGGAGGAAAAACGGGUUGCGCUGGAAGAGAAGCGUGUUGCACAGGAAGCUGAAAAGGCUGCUAAAGAGGAGAAGCGGAAGAAGAAAGAGGAAGAGAAGCAAAAGGCAGACGAGGAAAAGCGGAAGAAGGAACGGAGUCAGAUGAAGCUUAACAACUUCUUCGCCAUACCAGCACAACCUCGGCCACGAUCAACAAGCACAGAGAGUAGAGGCAGGAGUUCUAUGAGUCCAGCUCCACAGAGCUCUAUUGCUAGUCUACUUACUGCCUCUGCUCCGAGUCCUUCGAAGCUUACACCAAGCAAACCACAGCUCUCGGCUUAUAAGAAGCUAUUCCCUGAUUUCUUCGUACAAACCGGAGUUACACUGGCACCUGCGAAUCGAUUUGAAAGAGAUGAAGAGGCUACAGAGGCUAUACAAGCCACUAUCGAUAGCUACAUACUUGGAGACCGCAGUCCAGACCGACAACGAUCGUUCGAUGCAACCGACCUAUUCCACCUUUCCCAUGAUGACAUGGCACUUCGAGGGAGAUACCAUAUGCCGGUUCGAGAGAUUAUGACCGAGUUCUACUCUGGCAAAGCUUCACGACCAAUUGAUCUCACAACAGAUUCACAAAACUCGCAGAUCAAGAGGACGACAGAUAUAUUGAAAGCAGUGCCUAUGAAGUUUUUGCACUUUCAAGAAGAUGUCAGACCACCGUAUAGAGGUACAUACACCGCUAGACCUGUCAAUGGGAUGGCGAAGUUGGCGAGGAAUCCGUUGAGGCGCGAUCUUCCUGAGACGAAUUACGAUUAUGACAGCGAGGCUGAAUGGAUUGAGGAUGAAGAUGCAGAAGAUCUGAAGAGCGAGGGAGAGGAGGAGGACGAAGUAGACGAAGAUGAGGACAUGGAAGGAUUCCUCGACGAUGACGGUGAUGAUACUUCGAAUUCAAGGCGUUUGGUCCUGCAAGGUGAUCUAGAACCCAUAUCAACCGGUCUAUGUUGGGAGGAUAGGACGAAGAGAACCACAAAUGUCAAGAUGGUCGCUUAUAGGAUGGAAAUGAUCCUAGAUCCAACCAUCAAGUCAAUCGAUCCGUUCUCCACUAGUUACUGGGAUCCACCACAAAUUACCUCGAUGGAUCCACCUCGCAUACCUCUUAAUAGCAUGAGGAACACAUCUCUAAACUUCAACGGACAACCUAUCACCAAACUUGUCGGAUCCUUCUUCAGCACCGCAUCCGACGUCCUCAAAUCCUCCCUCUUGCCGGCGAAUGUGCCACAACCAGCUCAAGCUCGGACGAAUUCGAAGGGCAAGACUAAAGACGGCAAGCCACAAGAUCUGCUUCCGCCAGAUAAGAUGGAAGCCUUCAGACGGGAAAUACAAGAUGGCUGCGAACUGACCAAAGUCGGCAUGUUAGAAGUCCUGAAAACCAAAUUCCGAGGCCACACAGCUGCUUGUAUAAAGGCUACUCUCGACGCAGUUGCUAAGAGAGCACCCGGAAAGAACGCAAAAUGGGUCUUGUUAGAAAAUGUGGAGUCGACGGCGUGA